AUGCCGUUACCGGCUCCGCUGCUGCUGCCAAAAAAACAAGAUCAGAUUGACCGAAAUGGCACAACUGCAAAAGAAGUCAGACCACCUAAAUUGCAAGCUAAGCUCGACUUAUGGCAAGAAGCAAUUGAGAAAGUCCAGCAGUCCACAGACUGGAAAAGUCACAAACGUGAAUAUGAUAAAGCGAUUUUGGAGUGUCAAGGCAACAACCAAAACAUUUUGAAUAAGAGUGGUACUGAGAACGAGAAAUCCACGAGCUUAGCUGACGCCAUAUCCGAGCACUUGAUCACACUCCAGGAGAAAGGUCUAGAAAGACAGUGGGAAUACAAGAAAAUGAAAGUUUUCAAGGACCCCGGCAACCAGCUGGCUGCUCUCGAUCCUACCAAAGCUGCAGCGUUUGUUUGGGGAUUCGUGCAAUUCUUCGUCGAAAGAGCUAUAGUAUAUGAUGAAAUCAGGGACAUGGCAAUUGAUCAAGAGCCAAUUGCGAAUUUGAUAACGUGGUAUGCUCUGAUUGAGAACUUGUAUCUCACCAAUAUGUCUGGAACCCUAGAUGAGGUUGAUGAGGCAGUCAAAAGCAAGAUAGUGUCAUUAUACACAGCAGUUAUUCUCUACCAAAUGGCUAUCUACAAUUUCUGGAAGCAAGGCAAAAUUACACAUGGCAUACAAAGUCUAGUGCCUAAUAAACUCAAAGAAAUGUCGAGUACCAUCCAGAAAAAGUCGGCAGAAGUUGAGGUAAUAUUGCACAGUAGUGACAGAAAGGUGCUACUCGAACUACUUGAAGACAUCAAUCUCAAAGUCUCAAAGCCAAUUGUCCAUAUCGGAAGUCAGAUGCAACAGGUUUUGGAUGUGGCUAUGAACAUUGAUAAAGAUAGAUACUCGAGUGUCCUGAAUUGGGUCUCGCCAAUAUUGCACAUGGAUCAUCAUCAGGAAUACAAACCCCUGGGUGGGACUGGGGAAUGGAUUCUUGAUCACUCAGAUUGGAAAAAAUGGCGGGAGUCACAGACAUCAAGACUUUUUUGGCUCCGUGGCAAAAUGGGUGCAGGAAAGUCUAACUUGGUGUUUAUCAUCAUAUCUCAUUUACUCAAAAUCUGCACGAAUGAUCAGGAGCGUACAGCAUUCUUCUAUAUCAACAAUACCCGUCGGGUGGAACAUACCAAAUCCGCAGAGACUAUUUUGAGAUCUCUACUCAAACAGCUCGCAAUUCAGGAUAAUGAGCUCCUGCUGCAGCCCGUUGUUGCAAAAUAUGACAUGCUUCGAAAUAUCUCUAGUCUCCAUAAAGAGGAUUGCAUUACGCUGCUUACUAAUAUCAUUAGCGAAUUUCGACAGACAAAUAUCAUUAUCGAUGGAUUCGAUGAGCUUGAGGAUGAUGACGUUCGAAUGGACUUAUUAGUCUCUUUGAAACAAAUAAUUGAUGGGUUACAGGGUGCAGUGGCGAAGAUUUUUAUAUCGAGCCGAGAUCACGUCAACAUACAAGAUCUCUUACAUAAAAAUUUCCGUUCCCGCACCGAAAUCAUUGUUGCAAGGAACAAUUAUGAAGCCAUUAAGAAGUUCAUUAAAAGUCGUGUGCAGGAUGUGGAGAACAAGCUUUCUAAUCAACGAAUUCCUGAGGACAUAAAGCGUGAUACGGAGUCAAUCUUGGAGGAAAGAUCAGACGGAAUGUUUCUCUGGUUGCACCUGUCCUUGAAGUAUUUAACACGAAUCAAGGCUAAAAACCCCGCCACGUUUGUUGAAGAUUUGAAAACAGUACCGUCAGAUCUCAAAGAAGCUUAUGAAAAGCUGUACAAUUCCCUGCUUCAGGGACAAAACGAUGAGAGAAUUGGUAUCAUUCAAAAAGUAUUUUGCUUUCUUCUGUAUGGAUGUCACGAUAAAAUAUUUGAGGCCUCUGCGUUUCUUUCGGUAAUCAACUACAAGGCCACAUUAGAGCUAUCUGCAAAAGACAUUCUGGAUUUGUGUUCUACAUUCAUUGAUCUGUUCAAUUGUUAUCACAGAGGCUGGGGUAACGGCAGCCGCCGUGGGGGAUAUGACUUUGGAUCUUAUGGGACUGUGUUUUGGAUGAUUCAUGUUUCUCGGGCGGGUAUUUUGAGACAGAAAUCGCCGCUUGCAGAGACAUUAUCCGAAUUCUGGCCUUCUGAGAGGGACUGGAAUUCGCCCACUUUCGAAAGAUGGUAUGACCUCCGAGAGACAGUCGAACGGUAUUUGCGCGAAGGCUGGGAUAUCAAUCUCACAGUUCCUCUUCUUGGACCAGGGCUUUCAUAUGCAUGCACUGGCAAUCAUAUGAAGCUCGUUUCUUAUUUACUUUCUCAAGGAGCGAAAAUAUUAUCUGAUGAAUUUGAAGAAUCACCACUUUUCGCGGCUGUUAGAGCCCAGCGACCAAAAAUCCUCCGUUUAUGCUUACAAAAUGCUACUUUGCCAACUGUAGAGCCUUUACUGGAAGCAGCUCUAGGGAAAGGAAAUUGGGAAAGAAAAAUAUUUUCAAAGCUCGAUUCGCAGGCCAACAACCAAGUACUAAACUUGUUGCUCGACUAUUCAUCGGAUUUUCAUUUUUUUGACAUGUUGCAAAGUUUAAUGUUCAAUGGAGGGCCUGAGAUCCUCAAACUGCUUCUCGAACGAAAUUCUUCAUUAUCCGUAACAACCGACACCCUCAAAUAUCUUUUCACUCUUAGAGCCAAAUCUUUGUCCUAUACUCGAUCGUGUCUCGAUUUAUUACUUCCGCUAAAUCCUGAGUUGGUAAAAACUCGGUCACUCCUAAUUGCCGUUCAAGAGUAUGAGGGAGAGGAGCCUUCUGAAUUGGCCCGAUACAUUGACGAAGAUUUAAACCCAUCAGGUUCCUCAUCUCUGAUAACCGAACUGACCCUGAGGGGUGCGAUGCAAAAUAAUAGCAACGGACUUCCUUUCAUCAAGUUCUUGCUCCGAAAAGCCCCGGCUUUGAAAAUAUCGGAUGAAACGAUACUAUGGACCAUUGAAAAUUAUUUAGUUAGAUAUGAAGAUGUGAUCGAAACUCUUCUCCAACAUGACCCCACUAUUCGGAAAAUUUCCAUUUCAGAUUUUGAAAAGGCAUAUCACGAUCCGAAUUUUGGCGAGUUUAUGGUGAGCAAUUUUAUGGCAGUUCUUCUAAGAUAUUGCCCCGAGGUGGCUAUCGAUCAGGAAUUAUUUACCGUAGCCAUAGGAUAUUACCGACUAAGCCUUAGCGGACUUAAACUUCUACUUUCUCGGAACCCGAAAAUCAAAUUAACCCCGCAGUCAGUUGGAAACAUAUUCUCAUAUGCCGCGGAUCAGGUAGUAGGCGAGAUCUCAUGCUCGAGCAACCUCGUGGAAAUCAUGGAUGAUAUAUUAAGGGCAGCUCUAGGUAACACUCACCUCCGCAACAUUCAUCACAUUCGUCAUAUAUCACCGGCAAUAGUCAACUUGCUAUCUAAAGCGGUAGAAUCGUUGGAGGAAUUAUCAGAUGAAACCGUGUACCAAGCCUGCGAAUCAAAGGCGUGGAUCAUGGAAAAAGUGCUUGGGCGUUGGCCAAAUGCACCUCUGUCAGAGAAUGCAUUAGUGGUUGCAUUAAGCGAUGAACAAAAAUUUCAUAUUCUUAUUGAAAAAAGUCCUUCGAUAGCAAUCUCUGCUGAGGUCAUUGAAACUGCAUACAAGCAACAUUCUGGCUCGGUAAACAUGAUAAGUACUAUAUUGAAGGUCUUGGAGCUGCAGCCAAACAUUAUAAUCACGGAAACACUGCUCGAGACAGUUUCUUCAGAAGAUUAUCCCAUUCAUGAGAGAGUGCAUCAUCAGUUGAUCGAUAUCCUUCUACGAUGCAUUCCUCACGCAAAGUUGACGGAUCAAGCCAUUCAUAACUGUAUGACACAAAGCUUCCCUCUCGCUCAGCUCACAUUUGAAGCUCGACCAGAUUUGAAACUCAGUGCCUUCUGUUUUGGCAGCAUCUGUUCUCGACUUUCCGAUGACAACCCAGAAAACCAGAUUAUCUUACAUCAACUGUCGAAACGAUUGAGCUUCGGACUGGAUGAAAAUGGCAUGCUGGAAUUCAUGGAAACAUGUACGCCAAACGCAGUCAUAACAGUUUUGUCAAGCAAACCUGAUGCGCCGGUGACAGAAAGCGUCAUCAAUUAUCUUUUGAAGCAACUUCAUAGAAACUCACUCUAUCAAAGUAUCAAGUCAUGGUUUCGCGACCCUGGAGUCAUAGCGUUGAACAUGUUACUAGAUCGAUCGGGUUUGCCGGAGGUUUCACGCCAAUUCUUGUUGUCUGAUUUUCAGGAGUUGAAGAAGAAGGACAAAGAACUUGAGAACGAGUGUUAG